AUGUACUACUACCUACUACUCCUGCAAAUUGUUAUCUCCCCGACCACCAGCUACACCGUCGACCAACUCUGGUCCCUCACCACCCACUUCUGGGACAACUUCCUCUACCCAGCCAACACCGCCCAUAUCAACCCCAACGACACCUCCAUCUUCUCCGACAAUGUCCAAGGACGCGUCGACGUGACCCGCACCUUCACCAACCGCGACCUCAACAACGAAUACAUCUUCGGUCUCUUCUCUCAACCCACUCACCCCAGCAUCUUCGGCGUCCCCAUCGCCUACAACAUCACCCAAUUUGCAGCGACACAAAACACCGUCGCCUCGACUGUCGUCCUCACCUUCAACAUCAGCACCUUCGACCUGGUCAUUCCGGGGGUAAUCACCGCCUGGUUCGAAUUCAAUUCCGUUGGCCAAGUCACCCAGUACGACGCCGUUUUCCGAUGGCUAGACUGGUUAUUUGUGCAGAUUCUCCAAGCCGCAGGACGCAAGUUCCACACGAGGAAUGAAGCGGAGACUCGUGCCAAGGUGGCGGAUCUGUUCGCUAGGACGAUAUGUCACACCGAAGAGGAGUAUUGUCUAGGUAGGAAUCGGCAGUAUGCUUCGGCGCAGGACUGCUAUGUGUUUCUGACACAGAAAAUCCGCUUUGGGCAGCCGUAUGAGAUGGGAAGGAAUACGCUGCUGUGUCGGGAGGUGCAUGAUAAUAUGGUCCGGUUGAAUCCUAAUGUGCAUUGUGCGCAUAUUGGCCCGUCCGGAGGGGAUUAUUGUGUCGAUGAUCAGAGCUACGAGGAGGUCGUGUUGGAGAGGUAUUUUCGGGCUUCGUGGGUGGCGGAUAACUUGGCCCCGAUAAAUGUGUGGGUGUGGCAGAAUGGAAGUGGAAGUGGGAGCGAAAGCAGAACGGUCUAA